AUGAAUCUAUCUAUCUAUCUAUCUAUCUCACUCAGUCUGUUAAUAUCUAUCUAUCUAUCUAUCUAUCUAUCUAUCUAUCUAUCUAUCUGUUCAUAUCUACUAUCUCACUCUGUUCAUAUCUAUCUAUCUAUCUAUCUAUCUAUCUAUCUAUCUAUCUGUUCAUAUCUACUAUCUCACUCUGUUCAUAUCUAUCUAUCUAUCUAUCUAUCUAUCUAUCUAUCUAUCUAUCUUAUUGUAAUUAGCAAUUUAUGUCAAUCACAUUAUCAAUAUUAUCUUGUAUUCAUAUCUAUCUAUCUAUCUAUCUAUCUAUCUAUCUAUCCCAGUCUAUUGAUAUCUAUCUAUCUAUCUAUCUAUCUACCUAUCUAUCUAUCUAUGUUCAUUAUUUUUCUAUUUAUCUAUCUUCGACUGAUCCUAUCUAUCUAUCUAUCUAUCUAUCUAUCUAUCUAUCUAUCUAUCUAUCUAUCUAUCUAUCUCAUAUUUAUAAAAUUAUUCAAUCACACCUGUCUGUCUAUCUAUCUAUCUAUCUAUCUAUCUAUCUUUUUUAAUCUAUCUAUCUAUCUUUGUCUGUUCAUAUCGAUCUAUCUUCCUAUCUAUCUAUCUAUCUAUCUAUCUAUCUAUCUAUCUAUCUAUCUCAGUUCGUUCAUAUCUAUCUAUCUAUCUAUCUAG